ACGCAGCUCCUCUUCCUUCGUGCCUCGUAGAAGGAGAUGGUGGGAGUUCUUUGGCGAGCAGCCGCCGGCAGCAGCCUACGUCAUAGGGGGGGCGGCUGAGCAGGAGCAGUGGGGGGGCCCCUCCGAAGUUCAGUCCUCUAAACUUGAUCGAUCGGUCCCUUCCCCCCCUCCUCCAGACGGCUGUCAGUCUGUCCGAUCUCUUUCUUCCUCCCGGUCAUUCGGUCGCUUCCCCCCCCUCCACCGCUUUGGGUGGCCUAUGUGUGCUCACACCGUGCCCUCCCACUCAAGCACCGGAGCUGGCUGCCCCUCGCCCCCGCCGCCUCCAUGCAUCCUGCCCUUUACACCCGGGCCAACAUGAUACGCGAGAUCGCCGCCGCCGUGGGCUUUAUCUCCAAGUUUCUGCGUAGAGAGCUUCAAGCUAGUUUGCUUUUUCUUUGUUCUAUAGAACACUAUAAACACCAUUGGUUCCCUGAAAAGCCAUGCAAAGGAUCGGGUUACCGUUGUAUCCGAAUCAACCAUAAAAUGGAUCCCCUAAUUGGACAGGCAGCGCAGCGCAUUGGACUCAGCGGACAGGAACUCUUCCGUCUCCUUCCAAGUGAACUCACUCUUUGGGUCGACCCUUACGAGGUAUCCUAUCGUAUUGGAGAGGAUGGCUCAAUCUGUGUGCUGUAUGAAGCCACACCAGCAGGAGCUAGCCAAAAUAGCACCAGCAUGCAAAUGGUAGACAGCAGAAUAAGCUGUAAGGAAGAACUUCUCUUGGGCAGAACCAGCCCCUCCAAGAGCUACAAUAUGAUGACUGUAUCAGGUUAAAGAUAUAUAACCUAUGGAUGGAUCAUCUUAAAAUGGAUGGAUAAAUUUGGUUUUUACUUUGGGUGGGCUCCUCUGGGGAUGGAUUAUGGAAUUUAAACCAUGUCACAGCUGUGAAGACCUGGCACAACAUAGAGUGGUAAACUUUAUUUUAAUAGUGGCAGUGCCAUAGUUUCAACAGUACCUUUCAGUGAUUUUAAUAGCCUGUGAGUAAAGAUUACUUUCUUUCCUAAAGUGUGAAGUUGUCCCAGGAAGGCUGCAGUUUUCUCCCAGGUGUCUUGCUUAACUUUUUUUCUUCUUCUUCCUUUUGUUUUCCAAAAAUCACCAGUUCAUUCAGCUGAAAUCUCUAUUGCUAUAAAAUCAUUCUCUGCUGUUAAGGUUGCAGAGUAAAUUUGCACUAUACAUUAUUUUUUUGGGAAAAAAAUGUUACCGUUUUUGGCAGCUCAGUAACAAGGUUUGUUCCAAACAUGGUAGUACUGGAAAUUUUACCUGAUAACUUUUAUCUAGCACUUAACAGUGUGUGUAAACUGUACAUAAGUCACACUUAGUGGGCGUGAACUGGGAAGAAAUGUUCAGGUCUCAGUUGUGUAUUGGCCUUCAAGGUAGCAAGCAAACAGGAUCUGUUAUGCCAACAGGCUUGAGAGAGACCGUAUAAAGACACUGUCUGAAUUGUGGUGUGUUUUACCAGCCAGCUAUCUAUACAUUUGCUAGCUUGUAGUUUUCUAAGACUGAGUAAACCUCUUAUUUUUAGAAAGUGGAGGUCUGGUUUGUAAUUUCCUUGUACUUAAUUGGGUAAAAGUCUUUUCCACAAACUACCAACUAUUUUGUGAACUUUGUUAGUCAUCCGUUUUUUUUCCUUUUUGGUAAAUUAUGAACUGGUGUAAAUUUGUACAGUUCAUGUAUAUUGAUUGUGGCAAAGUUGUACAGAUUUCUAUAUUUUGGAUGAGAAACUUUUCUUCUCUCUAUAAUAAAUUGUUUCCUAUCUUGGCAUUUUAA